GUGUGUGGCCUGUUGAAUACCACGUGGUAGCCCGUUUCUUUUCUUGUCUCAUGUGUGAUGGAGGCUCCUGAUGGUGCUCCAGCCAGAGCAGAAGUGAGCAUCAAGUGGUUCUGGAGAGGACAACAGAUGCGUCGCUGCGGGCAGAAGCAGACACCGACAGAUCCGUGCAUGACAAGACUUCAGGACUUCAGGAUGGUUUCCUGUCCCGAAUAUGGAUUUAAUUCGGCGUCAUAAUUUUGAAUUACUUGCGUGCGCGAUUCUCAUCUCAUCACUGGCUGUGAUAGACGGUGCAUCCCCUGACAGGCUGCCUUCGACAGAUGACCACUGCUCUCCAAACCCCUGCCAAAACAGGGCGAUAUGCAGGAUCCGCGGGGACGGCUACUCCUGCUUCUGCGUGCCGGGGUUCCAGGGUGCUCACUGUCAGAUUGACGUGAACGAGUGUGUUUCACAGCCCUGCAGGAACGGAGCCACCUGUGUGGACAGAGUGGGCAGGUUCUCCUGUCUGUGUGCCCCAGGGUUCACCGGGGCCACUUGUGAGGUCCAGAUUGAUGAGUGUCAAUCACAGCCAUGUCUCAAUGGCGGCAGUUGUCAUGACUACGCCGGGGGCUUCAGUUGCACCUGCUUGCCCGGUUUCCAAGGACACCGAUGCGAAAUCAACACUGACGAAUGCCAAGAGCAGCCAUGCCAGAAUGGGGCUCUGUGUGUAGACGGAGUGAAUGACUACAGCUGUGACUGCUCUCACACAGCCUUCACCGGCAGACACUGUGAGACGCCGCUGCCGCCAUGCCACUCUGAACCCUGCUUCAACAGCGCCAUCUGUGAGGAAAGCCAGAGUAACUACACCUGUGCAUGCUGGCCAGGGUUUGAGGGGCGUCAGUGUGAGGUCGACAUCAGUGAGUGUGCCAGCGACCCCUGCAUGCACGGGGGACGCUGCAUCGAGAGGUCCUGGCAGGCCCUGUAUGGCAGCGACCCUCUGCUGCCCGAACGCUACGACCAACAGCAUGCUGCAGGCUACAUCUGCAGCUGUCCUCGAGGAACAACAGGAUCCCUCUGCCAGGAGGUGAUAAACCAGUGUGACCCCAGUCCCUGCCAGAAUGGAGGCAGGUGUGAGAGCUAUGUCGGAGGCUACAUCUGCCACUGCCCCACACAGAGUCAUGACGGCUUCCAGUAUGGGGGUGUAAACUGUGACGAGAGGCUGGUGGGCUGUGAGGGACAUGAAUGCCAGAACCAAGGCUCCUGCUCUCCCUUCCUGUUGGAUGGGACUCACGGAUACACCUGCUCCUGCUCGCCUGGGUACACUGGACCCCUCUGUAAGACCCCCACCACCUUCUCCUUUGAGCGCCGAGGCUACCUGCUGCUGCAGAGUCCCCUGGUGGACACCGAGGUAUCCUGCAACAUCACCCUGAGCUUCAAGACCAUGCUGCCCAGAGCGGUGUUGUUCCAGCGGAACAGCAGGGGGCUGCUGCUGAGCCUGGAGCUGGACGAAGGGCGGCUUCGUCUCACGUUGAGGAAGGAGGCUUCUAUUGGAGCUGAAGCAGAAAGCCCCAGCCAGGUCCUGGAGCUUCCUCACAAUGUCACAGAUGGAGGGUGGCAUUCAGUAGAGGCUGUGCUCAUACACUGGGUGCUCACUCUCAAACUCUUGGAUGAUGCUGGGAGCUGUGGGAGCCAGUCGUGCCACAGGGCGGCCCCGGUCCAAAGCUCCCUGGCUGGGCCAGCUGCGCCUCCUCAGAACACUUUCAUAGGAGGUGUGCUUCGGGACUCAAAUGGCCCCAGUGAGGUCUCUCCCCUUCCAGCAUUCAUUGGCUGCAUGCGGGAUGUGUUUGUGGACUGGCAGCUCGUGGUCCCUGAGGAAUGGCUGAGCGACCGUGCUGUUAAUGUGUCCCCAGGCUGCAGCCACAGGGACCGCUGCCUGGAUGUGCCUUGCCAAAACAGAGGACAGUGUGUCAACCUGUGGCAGAGCUACCAGUGCCGAUGUCCAAGGCCUUAUGAGGGACAAGACUGUGAGGAGGAACACGUCACCGCCCGCUUUGGGAACGAGGACUCUCCGAGUUAUGCUGCGUUCACUGUCACCGAUGAUCUGGGCCACGACCUCUCCAUCUCCCUCUUCCUGCGCACACGGAGGGACAGCGGACUCCUCCUGGCGCUCGCCGACGGCAGCGGACAGCAGUACCUGCACAUGUGGCUGGAGGACGGCAAGGUCACAGUUCAGCUCCACAACGCUGAGAGCCUCAAGGCGGAGAGUGCGAUCAACGAUGGGGAAGUCCACUUUGUGAGCGUAGCGAUGGUGAAGGAUCGCAUCACACUGUACGUACAAACCCAAAGACAGAUCGAAGAGGAAGUCAGGACGGUCGCGGUCCAGGCAGGAGACACUGUGUUUGUGGGAGGUCUGUUGGGGAGCAGGAAGACUUCCAUAUUUGGUGGAUAUUUUAAAGGCUGCAUCCAGGACCUGCGGGUCAAUGACAGGAGGCUGCAGUUCUUCGGGUUGGACGCCUCAGUGAGAGCUUACCCUCUGGAGGUCAUGGAGAACGUGACUGCUGGAUGCUCAGGGGACAACGCCUGCAGUAGGAACCCUUGUUUAAACGGCGGGAUGUGCUUUUCCAUGUGGGACGACUUCACCUGCACCUGCCCUCCUAAGACAGCAGGGCGGCGCUGUGAGGAGGUCAAGUGGUGCGAGCUGUCGCCUUGCCCCACAGACUCAGAGUGCAGGAUGCUGAACCAGGGAUAUGAAUGCUACUCCAAUGCAACCUUCCUGAAUGACUCCACCGUGCUGUCCUACCGGGGAAACGGCCAGAUAUCCCGCAAUCUAACCAACCUCUCGCUAAACCUACGCACGCGCAGGCGUAACGCAGCCAUACUGCACGCAGAGAAGGACUCUGCAUUCCUCACACUCUCGGUCCAGGACGGUUCCCUCUUCAUGGAGCUUCAGAGCACCACUGAAGAAGACAGAGGGGAGGGGCAGGGUGUGUCUACAGUCAGUCUCAGCAGCAGGAGGAGUGUCAGUGAUGGUGAGUGGCACAGCGUCCAUCUGUUCAUGGCGGCACCGUGGGCACAAACCUCCCUGUGGACUCUGGUGCUGGAUGAAGAAAUCGAGGAGGCCAGCACUUCCAGGAGCAAAGGGGGCAACCUGGACUUCCUCAGGCAGGGGGUGGACAUCUUCUUAGGGGGCCUGGCCCCUGAUGCUGGCUGGUCCCUGACUGGGUGCCUGGGCACAGUGGAGCUUGGUGGCAUUGCCCUGCCGUACCUCAGCUCCUCCGAUGUGAACCUCCCGCGCCUGCAGGAGGAGCAGUUCGUCCAGACAUCCCAGCACCCUCCGCUCCUCGGCUGCAGCGGGGCCCCCGUGUGUGAGCCCAGCCCCUGCCUGAACGGGGGCGAGUGCCACGACUUCUUCAACACCUACAACUGCAGCUGCGCCGACGGGUGGGCCGGCAGGCGCUGCGACUUCUUCACCAACACCUGCGCCUCCAGUCCCUGCGUUCACGGCAACUGCAGCGUGAACGGGAUGACCUACGAGUGCGCCUGUGAGUUCGGCUACGCGGGCGCGGACUGCGAGGAGGAGGUGGACGUGUGUGAAAACCACCUGUGUGCUCACGGAGGCACCUGUCUGCACGGGCCGGACAGGUACGCCUGCCUCUGCCCCGAGAACUACACCGGACCCCUCUGCAAUGAACGCAUUGAAGAGGUUCCGUGGUACAUUGUUGUCAAAAAUGUACGGCCUAAGCUGCCUGUUUCUGUGUGCGGCGACAACACCAGAAACUACACCUGCUUCAAUGGAGGCAACUGCACCGACCGAGAGCUGUCCUGUGACUGUCAACCCGGCUUCAUCGGACACCGGUGUGAGCAGGAGGUGGACGAGUGCAAGUCCAACCCCUGUCUGAACGGAGGCUACUGCCGCAACCUCAUCAACAAAUUCAUCUGCGUGUGUGACAUGAGCUUCGCCGGAGACGUGUGCCAGACGGACCUGACCUCUGAGGGUUUGACCUCUGACCUCUUGCUGUCUAUCAGUGUGGUGUCUGUGGUCCUGCUGCUGGCCCUCAUCCUCACCUCCGUCAGCCUGGUGGUGGCCCUGAACCGCCGCGCCACCCACGGCACGUACAGUCCCAGCCGGCAGGAGAAGGAGGGCUCACGGGUGGAAAUGUGGAGCAUCACCCAGCCGCCACCCGUGGAGAGACUCAUAUGAGAUGGAGGCGGCGACUGUGUUCACAUGCUAGAAACACACCAAGGGCCUCGUUACAGGCAAAAGCACCAAGCUGCUGGUCCGAUCUUAUCUCAAAGACGGGGACAGUCUCUCUAUCCUGACCCAUCUCAGCCCUCGCUAGAGAUUACUUGUCACUGGCUAGCUACUUGGCUAAAAUGGACGCGUAAGGACUGGCAUUCAAUUUAAUCUCACUGAGUUGGAGAGCAGAAUUGUGUUGCUGGAGAGGAGGAUUUACUGUAUAUCCAUUAAUGCAUGGUCAGGGAAAUUUAAAGGCUUUUCCCACAAGGCAACAUCAGUGUUAGCUUGCUCGACAGGUUAACGUCAGUGUUAGCUUCAUCAGACUGCGAAAUACAUGCAAGUUUUUCCACCAAGCUAACAUCAGUGUCAGCUUGUCCUACAUGCUAACACCGCUAUUAGCUUCUCCACCCAGCUAACAUCAGUGUCAGCUUGUCUGACAUGCUAACACCGCUAUCAGCUUCUCCACCAAGCUAACAUCAGUGUCAGCUUGUCCUACAUGCUAACACUGCUAUUAGCGGUGACGUUAACUUCAGCAUUAGCUUUUCUCCCACACAUCGACAUCAGUGCUAGCAUUUCUUCAGCAUGCUAGCAUCAGUGUUAGCUAAUCCAACAGGCUAAGAUUAAGUGUUAGCUUCUCCAACAGGCUAACAUUGUUGUUAGUUCCCCCUGCCGGCUUACGCUAAAUCCGCAUUCAAGGCUCAGGGCGAGUUAUUUGUCGUUAUACAACACAGGGUUGCAUAAUGAAUGUAAGGAACGAAUGUAAACAGCAGCUACAGGCUGAAACAGAUGUUAGCUUCUCUAACAGUCGAGGCUUCAGUGGGACUUAAAUCUCAAUUUUAGUGUUCUCUGUUGUUCAUUCUGAAUUGAGAUAAGACCAGAUUUCAGACUCGGGAUGUUUCUGUCAUGUGGCCCCUGGUAACAGAUGCAGCCCGGAUGUGAACAUGGUCAUCCCCUCUCAGCACCUCCAUUCAAAUCACUGCUGUCUUUCUUCAUCUGCGUAUGCUGGAAGACUACAUGAAACCCAGUGACACCAUUUCCGCGUAUCCCGGCGCUUCAUCCGUCUUCCUGCGAUGUUUUGCACCUGGCUCCGCCGCCCGGCCCCACAUCCAUCUAAAUGAAAAGAUUAGAGUCCAGAACAUAUCGAGUCUGUCACGCCUUCGUGUCCGAUCCAUAUCAUUUUGGAUUGAUGGACCAGCGGUGAGCAAUCUAAGGAGGAUCUGACCGGAAUCUGGGACACGCAGACACGUUGUUGUAAAGCCUCGUCUGGGAACAACAAGAAUGAGUCUGAAUGCUCCUUGUUUAAAGGAUUAGAUGAAGAUUAGUCUAUAUUUGUCUUACUGUCAACAAAUCCCAUGAAAACAUCAAAACCAACAAUGCGUUAAGUCCGUCUUUACUUAAACAAAACUAAGUAGGGGAUUGUUGGGGACUAUUUUCAGGUGCGGAUUAAUACACGUUUGGGCUCAAGUGAUUCUUUUUCAGCAGCAGGACUGUGUUUGUGGAAGUGUCUCAAAAUAACACAUGCGAGGGGAAUCAAUCAAUCGCUGCUGGUUUUUAUCUUUUUCACGGGAUUUGUUGAAGGUCGGAAAAUAUCGAACGAGACUCAUCACUCAAUUGAUUAAAGUCCAUCUGUGUGUAUUUAUUACAGGAAAAUGCCUUUCUAGUUCUUCGUGGUUUGUGUAUACACUUGAGUAUUUGCUCCUAGUUAUUGACUAAGUUUUUCAUUUUCAGUGAACAGUCUCACAGGACUCCGCAGACGGGAGGAGUCUGGUUUCGCAUUGCACUCGUCGAGAGUAGCUUGUUAGUUUCCUCUAGGCCGAGUCAUGAACUUCCUAUAGACUGUAGUGUAGUUCCAAGUGUAUAUACUGUAAUGAUGACUUUGUUUGUUUGUUUGUAAACUGUGAAUUUCAUUUUUGCCUUUCAUUGUCGGCAACGGUACAAAGAAGAUGCGUCAGUUGAUUAAAGUCAAUUUGUUUGUGUUAAUUUAUUUUCUGUUCACAAUUAUUGAAGGUGCAUUGAGGAACAGUGUGGUGCUGCUGUGAGAAAGGAGCAGCAUUUAUAUCGUGUUGUUAUUGCUAAACUGAUCGAAUCGCAGCGCACACACAACUUUAUUGUAUAAUUCAAUAAACCAGCAGAGUCCUUGUACGUGCUGCUUAAAUGUUAACGUACAGCGGCUCUAUCUCUGGAUAAAGGAUGAGU